ACCCUUUUCUCCUCACUCAUCUCGAAACCACCACCUUUCUCAUUUCUCCCUUUCCUCUCUUUCUCACUCCCGCCAACGCCGUUCACGGUUCACCCUCUGCUCCUCUCUUUCUCUCUCCUCAUUUUAGCCUCCCUCGAAAUCGUCGUUCUCCUCCAUUUUCUCUCUCUUACUUCGAUUCUCAGUUGAAUUUUCUCCAAGAUAUCGGCUCCCGAUUUCGCUGAUAUUUUUUUCCAUUUCGAUUGAAUUUUUUAAUUUUUUUUGUUCUGUCGUCAGAAAUUACUGCAGCAAUGUGUUCAUCUUCAGAUUGUUGUUGAUUCUCUCCAUUGAAUUAAUUAUCCACCCGUUUCGUUAAAUAAUCGAGGCUUUUUUGACCAUCAAGAUGGCUCGGAGGUCUGAUGUUACCCCUCCUGGGAUUUCUCUUAUAAGAAGUUUGAGAGGAAGAGACUGGAGUUUUUCUUCAUACAGAUAUGCUGUUCUGUUGAUUACUUUUAUUGCUUAUGCGUGUUAUCAUGCUUCCAGAAAACCAAGUAGCAUAGUCAAGAGUGUUCUGGAUCCUGAACGAGACAAACCUGUACUGUCAAAUAUCUGGCCUAUUGGGAAUGUCUUUGUCAAGGAAGAGCUUUUUGAUAGUGAUGCAAGGAGAUUAACGAAAAAGGGCUGGGCACCUUUUGAUGGAAAAGACGGGACGUCGAAAUUGGGUGAAAUUGAUGUUGCAUUUCUUGCAUGCUAUUCCAUGGGUAUGUAUGUUGCUGGUCACUUGGGAGAUAGUUUAGAUCUGCGGCUGUUUUUAACAACAGGCAUGAUUGGUAGUGGGAUAUUUGUUGUGCUUUUCGGCAUGGGUUACUUUUGGAAUAUUCAUGCCUUUUGGUUCUUUCUAGUGAUGCAAAUGAUUGCCGGAUUAUUUCAAGCUACAGGUUGGCCUUCUGUGGUUGCUGUUAUUGGUAAUUGGUUUGGCAAAAGAAAGAGGGGUUUGAUAAUGGGUAUUUGGAAUGCUCAUACAUCUGUGGGGAAUAUUGCUGGGUCCCUAGUUGCGGCUAGUGUUUUGGAGUACGGAUGGGGUUGGUCUUUCAUUCUUCCAGGAGCUUUAAUUUUUUUUGGAGGCAUUUUGGUUUAUUUGUUUUUGGCUGCAUAUCCCGAGGAUGUGGGUUUCCCUUGUCCUUAUGCUUCGGGUAAUAAUGAAGAGACAGGGCCAAGCAAGCUAGAAGCACAGAGCCAAAAGUUUGACUCAGAUGACUGUCAACCAGAUGUUAACCCUCAAUCGUCUUCAACUUCCAGGAGAAGUGUCGGGCUUUUAGAAGCAUGUUUGAUACCUGGGGUAAUACCAUUUGCCUUGUGUCUCUUCUUCUCGAAGCUUGUGGCGUACACUUUUCUAUAUUGGCUACCAUUCUAUCUUAGUCAGACAGCAAUCGGUGGAGUUUAUGUUUCUGUAAAGUCUGCAGGAAACCUCUCCGCUCUGUUUGAUGUAGGUGGCAUCGUAGGUGGCAUAGUUGCUGGCUACCUCUCUGAUAAACUUAAUGCUAGAGCUCUUACCGCCGCCACUUUUAUGUACCUUGCAAUCCCUUCAAUGCUCCUCUACCGUUUUUACGGCGGUGAAUCCAUGACUAUGAACAUUGUCCUCAUGAUGAUUGUUGGGUUGUUUGUCAACGGACCAUAUGCACUCAUAACUACUGCAGUUUCUGCGGAUUUGGGCACUCACAGCUCGUUGAAAGGGGAUUCUCGCGCACUAGCAACUGUUACUGCCAUUAUUGAUGGUACAGGAUCAGCGGGUGCAGCAUUAGGUCCUCUUCUCACUGGAUUCCUUUCAGGAAAUGGAUGGGAUCAGGUCUUCUUCAUGCUGGUGAUUGGAGCCCUAAUUGCUGGACUUCUGUUGUCACGCCUUGUAAUUACAGAAAUCAGUGACAUUCUCAGGAGGAAUCAAUCAAAUAAUGCACAAAGCACUGCAGGUUCUGAAUCUCAACCCCUUCUGAGUGACCAAAGAUGAUGAAUGGACGUGAGAUAUGAUCGAGAUAAUAUAUAUACGAGAACAAGAAGUUGAGUCCUCUGAAUGCUAUACUGGAACAUACAGUCCAACAACUUCACUUUAUGAAUUGGUCAUUGACCGACUAUGUGGCUCGUUUUUUUUGUUGUAUGUCUAGGUGAUAGGCAGAUUGUAGGGUCUUUUUUUGUUCCAUUGAGUUCCAUCAACGUAUGUAAAUCUAUAAAAGCCGGAAGCUUUGAUUUUGUUUUGUAUCAGGCCGAUGAGUUUGCAUUUGGGUGGUAUAUACCAGAAAGGAUUAUGAUUUGAAA